AUGGUGAUAAUACCGGUUGGUUCAUUGCUGAUAGUGUUGGCAUGCAAUGUAGCGUUAUUCAUAUCCAUAUCACAUCAUGCCACUGUAGUGGCCUCCUUCGAGAAUCGACGUCGUAUCAACGAAACAUCACAGCUGGCUCGUGCAACUUGCAUACAGGCUGCAACACCGUUAAUCAUGCAAGUACCUUCGUUGCUGGGUAUAUUCAGUAUCAUGGGCGCCGAUUUGGUUCGUUUUUGUAGGAUAGUUUUUGUACUCAACUUCUUCAUUCUCUCAUUCCUAUUCACAUGUAUGCAUGAUGACGCAAAUCAGGCAAGCAUUUCUUCAUGA